GGCCUAGCCAGGCCAAGAAUGCAAUUGCCCCGGUGGUGGGAGCUGGGAGACCCUUGUGCUUGGACGGGACGGGGUCGGGGGACACGCAGGAUGAGCCCUGCGACCACUGGCACCUUCUUGCUCACAGCACCUAGCAUUCAGGGGAUGCCAUGGAAUCCAGCUGAUGAAAAAUCUCCAGUUCUCAUCCUCACUAUUUUUCUAUGAUUCAUUCAUUCAUUCUUGUUUUUUGUUUUUGGGACGGGACCAUUUUCACAGUGUACACUAUUUUCUCCAAGGUGCACUCUGAUCGGAAUGUCUACCCAUCUGCAGGUGUCCUCUUUGUUCAUGUUUUGGAAAGAGAGUAUUUUAAGGGGGAAUUUCCCCCUUACCCCAAACCUGGCGAGAUUAGUAAUGAUCCCAUAACAUUUAACACAAACUUAAUGGGUUACCCAGACCGGCCUGGAUGGCUUCGAUAUAUCCAAAGGACACCAUAUAGCGAUGGGGUCCUAUAUGGGUCUCCAACAGCUGAAAAUGUGGGAAAACCAACAGUCAUUGAGAUAACUGCAUACAAUAGGCGUACCUUUGAGACUGCAAGGCAUAAUUUGAUAAUUAAUAUAAUGUCAGCAGAAGACUUCCCGUUACCAUAUCAAGCAGAAUUCUUCAUUAAAAAUAUGAAUGUAGAAGAAAUGUUGGCCAGCGAGGUUCUUGGAGACUUUCUUGGGGCUGUGAAAAAUGUGUGGCAGCCAGAGCGUCUGAACGCCAUCAACAUCACGUCAGCACUAGACAGGGGCGGCAGGGUUCCGCUUCCCAUCAAUGACAUGAAGGAGGGCGUUUAUGUCAUGGUUGGUGCUGACGUCCCAUUUUCUUCUUGUUUACGAGAAGUUGAAAAUCCACAGAAUCAAUUGAGAUGCAGUCAAGAAAUGGAGCCAGUAAUAACAUGUGAUAAAAAAUUUCGUACUCAGUUUUACAUUGACUGGUGCAAAAUUUCGUUGGUUGAUAAAACAAAGCAAGUGUCCACCUAUCAGGAAGUGAUUCGUGGAGAAGGGAUUUUACCUGAUGGUGGAGAGUACAAACCCCCUUCUGAUUCCUUGAAAAGCAGAGACUAUUACACGGAUUUCCUAAUUACACUGGCUGUGCCCUCGGCAGUAGCAUUGGUCCUUUUUCUAAUACUUGCUUAUAUCAUGUGCUGCCGACGGGAAGGAGUGGAAAAGAGAAACAUGCAAACACCAGACAUCCAAUUGGUACAUCAUAGUGCUAUUCAGAAAUCUACCAAAGAACUUCGUGACAUGUCCAAGAAUAGAGAGAUAGCAUGGCCCCUGUCAACACUGCCUGUGUUUCACCCUGUGACUGGGGAAAUCAUACCUCCUCUACACGCAGACAAUUAUGAGAGCACUAACAUGCCAUUGAUGCAAACGCAGCAGAACUUGCCACAUCAGACUCAGAUUCCUCAACAGCAGACUACAGGUAAAUGGUAUCCCUGAAGAAAGAAAACUAACCGAAGCAAUGAAUUUGUAAUCAGACAAUAUAGCACUUAUCUCUUAUUUUUUCCUCUCUUCCAAAAAUGCAUGAGCUUUUCUGACAUGGUAUGCAUGUUGACAGUAUUAAGUAUAUACCAAAUAAUACAAUAUAACAUUCAUUUUACUAAUGUAUUUUUUUUUGUACUUAAGGCAUUUUUGACAAUUUGUAAAACAUUGAUGACUUUAUAUUUGUUACGAUAAAAAGUGAUCUUUAAAAUAAA